UUGCCCUGCCGGUUCUAGCGCAUGCGCUCUGCAGCAGGGCCUAGCUCCCCGCAGGCGCCCCACAUCUGGGAAGGCCUGGUCCAUCUGGGGUGCCGGCUGGUGGCCAUCCCACGAAAGGGCGUCAGUGGGGCGGGGCUGGAACGGCUUUUUCUCAGGCUGCGCUCUGGGCGGGCAGUUACCCGCCACACCGACUAUGGCCGCGGCCGCAGUGAGGCAGAUUUGGGCCCGAGAAUUUCUCCCUGUCCCUUGGCUUCUGUGUGGUCCCAGAAGAUAUGCCUCGUCCAGCUUCAAGGCUGUGGACCUGCAGCUGGAAAUGACACAGAAGCCUCAUAAGAAGCCCGAUCCCAGCAAGCCCCUGCUGUUUGGGAAGACAUUCACCGACCACAUGCUGAUGGUGGAAUGGAACAGAGAGAAGGGCUGGGGCCAGCCCCGAAUCCAGCCCUUCCAGACCCUCACGCUGCACCCGGCUAGCUCCGCUCUCCACUACUCCCUGCAGCUCUUUGAAGGCAUGAAGGCGUUCAAAGGUAGGGACCAGCAGGUGCGCCUCUUCCGACCGUGGCUCAACAUGGACCGGAUGCUACGCUCGGCCCUGCGCCUCUGCCUGCCGAGUUUUGACAAGGUAGAGUUGCUUGAGUGCAUCCGCCAGCUGGUGGAAGUGGACAAGGACUGGGUUCCCGACAGCACUGGCAGCAGCCUCUACGUGCGGCCGGUGUUCAUUGGCAACCAGCCCUCGCUAGGUGUUGGCAAUCCCACGCAAGCCCUCCUGUACGUCAUUCUCUGCCCCGUGGGCUCCUACUUCCCCGGAGAUGCCUUGAGCCCUGUCUCCCUCCUAGCCGACCCCACGUUCAUCCGGGCCUGGGUGGGUGGGGUCGGCGACUGCAAGCUGGGGGGGAAUUAUGGGCCCACCGUGUUUGUGCAGCAGGAGGCAGAAAAAAGGGGCUGUGAACAGGUCCUCUGGCUGUAUGGGCCUGACCACCAACUCACCGAAGUGGGCACCAUGAACAUCUUCAUCUUCUGGACCUAUGAAGAUGGGGUGCUGGAACUGGUGACCCCCCCGCUGGACGGUGUCAUCCUGCCUGGAGUAGUCCGACAGAGCCUGCUGGACCUGGCCCAUUCCUGGGGUGAGUUCCGGGUGACAGAGCAGAAGAUCACCAUGAAGGAGUUCAUGAGGGCAUUGGAGGACGGGCGGGUUCGGGAAGUUUUUGGUUCAGGCACCGCUUGCCAGGUCUGCCCCGUGCACCGAAUCCUGUACGAAGGCAAGCACCUCCACGUUCCAACCAUGGAAAACGGCCCUGAGCUUAUCCUCCGCUUCCAGAAGGAACUGAAGGCUAUCCAGUACGGAACGAAAGCCCACGAGUGGAUGCUUCUGGUGUGACGCUGUGGGCUGUGCCCCACCACUCCAUGGACCCACUGACCUGUAGCAUCCCGUCUCCGUUGGAUCUUCGCCUCCAUACCAAUGACUCACCUGAAGUGCAAUAUGAAAUAAAGGGGAGGGGGGCCCGGGACGCCUGGAUCUCCGGCGCUCCCACGUUACACUCCCAAAGCCAUAAGGGCCAGAGCCAGGCGUCUUGGCCCCUAGCCCCGCCGCUCAGGCCUUGGGGACCUGGACUCCCAGCUGCUCCGUGUUGUGGUGUCAAGGAUACACCUUGAUCCUGACUCUGCAUCUCCGUCCUUCAGCCGGAUCUCCCCGUGCUGCCGCUGAUUUUUUUUUUUUCUCGCUGCAAUUUUGAAAUAAAAUGCCAAAGAACAAGA